UGUUGGGAAACUUAAAAAUUACUAACUUGGGUUUGUCUGAGAGGGUGCAGUAAACCAUUAGGCCUCUGAGUGUCGCUGUUGACCAUUCAAGGAGGAAAACGGAGCUUGAGCGCUAGUCCACCAUUUCCUUGUUCCUAAAAAGCAAAGAACCAGUCAGUCGGAUUCCAGAAGAUCCGAGGCUGCUACAAAGCUCAGUUUGUCAGUCAACCAGCUCUGUGACACAUAAAUUAGGACCAAAGAAGCCUUAGUUCCUUGAGAAAAAAUAAGAUUUGAGUCCGUCGUGGGCACUUGGAACCGAAUUCACAGAAAAUAAUUCACCAAAGAGGAAAUGACAAAAUAUCUGAGAUUCAAACACCACAGAGGACUGACCCUGCUGUGCAUGCUUCUGGGGACGCUGUGCAAGACUGGAUCCGGGCAGAUCCACUACUCAGUGCAGGAGGAGCUGGACAAAGGCUCCUUUGUGGGCAACAUCUCCAAGAACCUGGAACUCGAGCCCUGGGAGCUGGCGGAGCAUGGAGUCCGCAUCGUCUCCAGAGGUAGGAUGCAGCUCUUUGCUUUGAACCUGCAAAGCGGCAGCUUGGUCACGGCAGGCAGGAUAGACCGGGAGGAGCUCUGCGCUCAGAGCGCACUGUGUCUGGUAAAAUUUAACAUCCUGGUUGAAGACAAAUUGAAAAUUUUUGAAGUAGAAAUAGAAAUUAAAGACAUUAAUGAUAAUGCUCCUGAUUUUCUAACAGAGGAAUUGUUAAUAAAAAUUGGUGAACUAACGGCUCCUGGAACUCGAUUUCCACUUAAGACUGCAUUUGACCCAGAUGUGGGCAUGAACUCCCUUCAGAACUACCACCUCAGCCCCAAUGACUACUUUUCCCUGGCUGUGAAGCAUGUCUCUGAUGGGGCCAAGUACCCAGAGCUGGUGCUGGAGAGGGCUCUGGACCGUGAGCAAAAGAAAGUUCACCAGCUUGUCCUCAUUGCUUCUGAUGGUGGAAACCCUGUCCUCUCUGGCAACUUAUGCAUCCAAGUGGUAGUUCUGGAUGCAAAUGACAACCCACCAGUAUUUACUCAACCUGAAUAUCAAGUAAGUGUUCCGGAGAACUUGCCAGUGGGUACCACGCUGCUCACAGUGAAUGCCACUGACCCUGAUGAAGGAUUCAAUGCUCAAGUGUCCUAUAUUCUAGAUAAAAUGCCUGGGAACAUCGCUCAGAUGUUUGAUCUCAAUUCAAUGACUGGAGAUAUAUCAAUUUUAAAAAGUCUAGAUUAUGAGGAUGCUACAUUCUAUGAAAUUAAAAUUGAAGCACAAGAUGGACCUGGUCUCCUUUCAAGAGCUAAGAUAUUAGUCACAGUUCUGGAUGUGAAUGACAACGCCCCAGAAAUUAUUAUCACUUCUCUUACUGGAUCAGUCCCAGAAGAGGCUACUGCUGGAAGAGAAAUUGCCCUUAUCAAUGUACACGACCGGGAUUCUGGGCAAAAUGGGCAAGUCACAGUUUUUGUCCUGGGAAAUAUGCCAUUUAAUUUAGAAAAAUCAAUAGACCAAUAUUACCGCUUAGUGACAGCCAGAUCUCUAGACCGUGAACAGGUGUCUGAAUAUAACAUCACUCUCAGAGCCACAGAUGGAGGAAAUCCCCCACUGUCCACGAGUACUCAUAUCACUCUGCGUGUUGCAGACAUCAAUGACAACCCGCCUGCCUUCAGUCAGUCCUCCUACUCUGCCUACAUUCCUGAAAACAACCUCAGGGGAGCUUCCAUCUUCUGUGUGACCGCCCAGGAUCCUGACAGCAUCCACAAUGCCCACAUCACUUAUGCACUGACUGAGGAUACUAUCCAGGGAGCGCCUCUCUCCACCUAUGUCUCCAUCAAUUCUGACACCGGUGUCCUGUAUGCGCUCCGUUCCUUUGAUUAUGAGCAGGUUAGAGACCUACAGCUAUUGGUGACAGCCAGUGACAGUGGGAACCCUCCACUCAGCAGCAACGUGUCACUGAGCUUGUUUGUGCUGGACCAGAAUGACAAUGCGCCUGAAAUCCUGUACCCCACCCUCCCCACCGAUGGUUCCACAGGCGUGGAGCUGGCGCCCCGCUCUGCAGAGCCCGGCUACCUGGUCACCAAGGUGGUGGCGGUGGACAGAGACUCAGGCCAGAACGCCUGGCUGUCCUACCGCCUGCUCAAGGCGAGCGAGCCAGGGCUCUUCGCGGUGGGGCUGCACACGGGCGAGGUGCGCACGGCGCGGGCCCUGCUGGACAGAGACGCGCUCAAGCAGAGCCUGGUGGUGGCGGUGCAGGACCACGGCCAGCCCCCUCUCUCGGCCACCGUCACGCUCACCGUGGCCGUGGCCGACAACAUCCCGGACGUCCUGGCCGACCUGGGCAGCAUCAGGACCCCCGCCGACCCGGACGAUUCGGACCUCACGCUGUAUCUGGUGGUGGCGGUGGCGGCAGUCUCGUGCGUCUUCCUGGCCUUUGUCAUCGUGCUGCUGGCGCUCAGGCUGAGGCGCUGGCACGCGUCGCGUCUGCUCCAGGCUUCCGGAGGCGGGCUGGUGGGCGUGCCGGCCUCGCACUUUGUGGGCGUGGACGGGGUGCGGGCUUUCCUGCAGACCUAUUCCCACGAGGUCUCCCUGACCGCGGACUCGCGGGAGAGUCACGUGAUCUUCCCCCAGCCCAACUACGCGGACACGCUCAUCAGCCAGGAGAGCUGUGAGAAAAGUGAGUCCUUCCUGGUAUCUCAAGAUUUACUGGAAACGAAAGGAGACCCUAGCCUACUUCAGGUAAGUUUAUUUCUUUCUUGGAAUACUAUGAAGAACAAUUAUGCCAGUGUGGCUAAUAUAAAGAUUUAAUGCACAUUUAUUUGAAAAUAAAACAAUGUGGUAGUCCUUAGUUCUGUUGCUUAAGUAUCUGUUUCUUCUUCUGGGCCUAUGGUAGAGCUGAUCUUCCUGACCUGGUUAUGACUGAAUGGGCCUAAGUAACCAGUUCUGGCCAAUAUAUUGUAAAUGCAAGUAAUAUGUGCCUCUCUCUGGAGGAAGCUCCUGUUGGCAUUGUAAGAAUUUCCAGAUCUCUAAGUUAUUUUUUGAAAUUGUGACUGUUGCUUCUACCUGAGUGCUUGAACAACUAUAUCAAGAGAAGAUCUCUGUGGUUGUCAUACAUUGGUGUGUAUACCUGUGAUAAAUAGACUUUUUUUCAUUUUAACUUCUUGUGAUUUGAAAUUUGUCACUCCAACCUACUUAGCUUAUCCUGACUGAUAUAAAUAAAAAUAUAAAUAUUAGGUAUUUUAGGCUCCUAUAAAAUGAUGCUUGCUCUUUCCAAGCCAGGCCACACUCUUUUCAUCUCAAUGACAUAAAAACUGUUGAGUAAAAAUAUAUACAGCUUGGUCAAGUGGUUUUACCUGGCCUGUAUUCCCUACUGUGUAUACCUAAAGUAUGUGUGGGUGUAUGUGUGCAUUCAUAUUGAUUUCAGCCUUUUGUCUGAAGGUGGGGAGGUCAAUUGCCUAAACUGAUAUGAGUCUUGGAGGGACAUUUCUCGUCCUUUGAGAAGGAUUUUAAAAAAUGCAAGGAGAUAUGUCUCAGCCUCAGCAGGACAUUUCCAGAUCAGCUACUCCAACAAUAAAAUAGAGUCCUACAACUUUCUUGAGCCAGAAAUUGUUGGCCCAUUUUGAAAUUUAUGAAAUUAUUUUCACCUAUGAAAUCACCUCAGAGUCUCAUCCAAAAUGAGACCAAAAUAUAUUUCAUUAGAUUUCAAAUAAAGGAACAUCUCUCUCCCUCAAUAUAUUAGAAAGAGAUAUAUUCAAGAGUGUGAGAUGCAGGGCUUGAGCAAAAUAACUGAGAUCAGGGAAAGGUGUAUUUUCACUCAAACAUGCAAAUACAUCACAGAAAAAAGGCACAUGAUCUUCAAAAUGUCUUCUUUAAGGAAAAAUCUUUAUGAUGUGAUAAAGUGAUAUUAUUAUCACUUUCCCCAUAAUGAGAAAAAUUACUAAAUGGGUAGUGCCGGGGAAUUUUAGAUGCUCAAAGCGAAUUUUCUAAGAAUCUUGAUAAAACAAAGCCUAAAUGUUGUCAAAGUGUACAGAGAGUACAAAGGCAGUACAAUUUCCAUCUACUUGUAUAGAUAAUGAAAGGUCUCAGACAUUCCAUUUCACUAAAAAGGAUUUUCUUAAGGAUGGGCAAGAAUUCAUUACAAUAGAAAGGGGAACAGCAAAAGGAACAGAAAAUAUAAAUUCAUGACGUAGAGAAAACAAUGAAAAUAAUGUCUUAGGAAAACAGAUAAUAGUCUGUUCUGACUGGAGUGUAAAUGUGAGUAUGUAUUAUUCUACUGCAAAACAGUAGAAUAAAUCAUUACAUUGGUAUCUAAUUUGGUAGUGCAUUUGAAAUAAAGGUAUUUGUUUUAGUUACCCAAGAUGAGUUCAAAAUUACAGGUUAAGUUCCAAAAUUGAGUAUCUAAGAACUCUCAACACCUCUCCAAGAUUUACCAGUGAUCAAGUCAAAUUCAUUAUACUUAUUAAUGGUAUAAAUCAGCUGGAGCUGAGUAUUGGCAUUAUGGAGUAUUGCAUAUACAUUCAUAUAGUAAAAAGCACUGAUUUCAUAAAAAUAAAUAUAGCAUUCACAAGAUUGAGCUGUAUAAAAGCAUGUGUACUAAAUUGGUCACUUUUUAAAAAGAUUUUAUUUAUUUAUUUGACAGAGAGAGACACAGCGAGAGAGGGAACACAAGCAGGGGGAGUGGGAGAGGGAGAAG